AUAAAUUGUAUUAUUUCAGAAAAGUCCAAGAGGUAAACAAGAGACUUUUUUUUUUUUUUUUUGCCAUUUUUCAUGUACCUGUCACUUCUUUACCAGGUCUACUGUUAUAAAACAGAACCUCCAUGUUGUUGGAAAACGACAACUUUUUUAACCUCAUUGUAAAUUUGUGAGCACACAAAUGUUUUUUUUUAACUUAAAAAUACUUACUGUUAGUACAAUAUUCUGUUAGUACAAUAACAACUACAACAUGACAAUAUCUAUCUAGAACAAUUGUUACGAAACGUAGACUGGAGGCGGAUGCAGGUGCAGGUCAAAGUCUUUAUUAGCAGUAGACAAACAAACACAGGAAAUGCGGUCAUCAACAGCUGCGUGGCGCUGUACAGUUCCCCUGCCGUGGGAAGCCCCAGAUGCUCAGAUCAUUUUGCUGGCUGCGUUGCACGGCCUCGCUCUUCGGCGGCAGGGACGGGGUAAAUGGCGCGAGGGACGACGGGGCGCGCAGCUCAGCUUUGCACUGAGCAAUUUCCUCUUCGAGCUGUUUGCUCAUCUCCAGGGACGAACGUUAAAGCGCCCAAAUCCUGGCCUCUUCGGCGGCGCUCAUGGCUACCUGCUGCAUCCGCAUUUUGGGCGCAGUAUUCUGUUACAUAUCGGGACUGGAGGCGGAUGCAGAUUUCAAGACUCAUCACUGACUGUACGUGAUGUAAUCCAGAAGAGUAAAUUCAUCAGUGAAGGUCCACCUGCACGAUAUCGUCUCCUCACAACCAGAAGUAAUCUUGAUGAAAAAGGCUCAGUGAGAAAAUGGACAUUUGGACAGAGAGACGUCAAAAUGCAAAACAAAAUCCUACUGCUGGUAGGAGAAACUGGAACAGGCAAAACUACUCUGAUCAAUGCCAUGGUAAAUUAUAUACUCAGGGUGAAGUUUAUAGAUAAAGUGUGGUUUGAGAUUACAGAAGAGGGAGGAGAUAAUCACAUGUCAGAUCAGUCAAAAAGUCAAACAACUGAAAUCAUUGUGUAUGAGGUCUUUAUCCAAGACAACCCAAUCUGUCUCACCAUCAUUGACACUCCAGGUUAUGGAGACACCAGGGGAACAGAUGUGGAUAAACAGAUCGCUGAGAAUCUGUACAAACUGUUUCACAAUGAUACUGGAGUGAAAGGAAUCGAUGCAGUGUGUCUGGUAGUGAAGGCAUCUGAGAAUCGACUCUCUGACAGACAGCAGUACAUCUUUGAUGCAGUUUUGUCCGUAUUUGGUAAAGACAUAGAGAACAACAUUGUCAUUUUUUUCACUCACUCAGAUGGAAUGCCUCCAGAUAAUGCUCUUAAUGCCAUCAAGAAAGCGGGGGUUCUCUGUAGGAAAAAUGACGAAAAUGAACCUGAGCAUUUCUUAUUCAACAAUCGCCAAGCUGAGAAAAGGAGCAAAAAGUAUAACAAAACUUUCCAGACAGCUUGGGAACAAACAGAGGACAGUUUAAAUGUUUUCUUUUCCUCACUGAAAGAAGAGAACAGAAAAAGCUUAGAGCAGACUGAAAGUGUUCUGAAAGAGUCCAAACGACUUGAAGCCUGUAUUUCUAAUCUACAAGACCGAAUUGACUUUGUAGAGCGCAAACGUGAAGAACUGUCUCAGACUCAGAAAGCCCUUGAGGAAAACCGAGAAAAGAUAAAGAAAAAUGAAAACUUUACUUUUACAGUCACCAAGUAUUACAAAGAAAAAGUUCCCAUUGAAAAUGCUUCAUGGUGGGACAGAAAGGCCACCACUUGCUCUGUCUGUAAGGAGAACUGUCAUGAGUAUAACUGCUGGUGUGCCUUGAAUACCGAGUGGUGUGAAGUCAUGAAAAAUGAGCACUGCACUUCAUGUACAGGUAAAUGUCACUACACUGAUCAUGUCAGAGAGGACAAGAAAUAUGUUACACGCAGUGAAGAGACUACGUCAACAUAUUAUGAUUUGAAAAAAGAAUAUGAAAGCAGCAAGAAACAGGAAGAGGAGAAGACAAGCAUGGAGAAGAGACUGAAAGAAGAACUGACCAAGAAUGAAAAGGAAAAAGCUGAGCUGGUGGAAGAAGCCUGCAUCAUCAUCAUAAAACUGUCUGAGAUUGCUUUAAAGUCAGAUUCUGCUUACAUUGUUCAGUGUCUUGACUUCUUGAUGCCUCGAGCUGAAGAAACUAGAAGAGAUGUCCUUGCUCAGAAACUAAGAGAGCUGAGGAACAUUCAGCCUGAAUCACAGGAAAGAGUUAAUGCUAUAACGGGGUAUGCAAGAACAGGUUUCAAUAAGAUUCAACAUGCUGUUACUGGUUAAAAGUGAAUUAAUUAGCUUAAACAUGGCCAGGUAAUAUGUAAUUAAGAAGGAAUUAUGAUCAUAUCUGAAUCAAGACUGCAGGUUUUGUUCAGGUAAUAAACUGCAUUGUGUUUAUUCAUUAAUGAUGUUGUUCAAUAUUGAAUCUUUUACUUUGUUUUGGUAAUCAUUUAACACUGUUUUGGUGAGCCAUUAUUAAUAAAAUUAAAGUAUAGCAAUUUUUGGAAUUUUUCCUAAAAUGUAAACUUUACCUUACACGUACCAUAUUGCUUGUGAAGCUAUACUGUACAUGGAUAGAUGAUUUAGUUAAUUAGCUUAUAUUGUUAAUUCCGCUAGUGCUAAUGUUCUGUGUAACUCUGUUUAUCUGACUUUCUCAUUAAAUAACUAAUGUUUUAACUGCA